UUUUUGUUUUUAUCUUCAUUAACCUGGGGAAUAAAUAAAUUGUCGAUUUUUAUUAGUAAUGGGGCCGUCUAUUGUAAUUAAAUUAAAACUUUUAUAACUACUUUUGUUACGUGUUCUUCAAUUAAAAACAUUUAUUAGUUAAUGUGAUGGCAACUAAUGAUCUGUGGAAAGAUUGUGCUGGGUGGUUAACAAAAUGUGGAGUUUUGAGACCAGAUCACAAAGCUAACUGGCCCGACGCCUGUCUGUCAGAUUUGGCAUAUACUCUUCGAGAUGGUGUUUUGCUAUGUAAUUUAUUAAAUACUAUAGAAAAAGGCUGCUUUGACCUCAAAGAUGUCAACCAAAAACCUCAAAUGGCUCAGUUUCUGUGCCUACGAAACAUCAAAACCUUCCUUCAAGUGUGCCAAGAUGUUUUUGGCCUCAAAGAAAGUGACCUUUUCGAGCCCUCCAUGCUGUUUGAUCUCACCGAUUUUUACAGAGUUCUCUACACUCUAUCCAAACUCUCAAACUGUCCAAAAGUGCUUAAAAAGAAUAUCCCGGGAUUUUCCAUACACAAGCCCAGGACUUCUUCUCAAGAGGACAUAUACAGAAAUCUAAAUGCCAGUUGCUGUGAGUCGAGUGGUGCAUGUUGCAUGUGUGUGUUCAGCGAAGACGCGCCGCCACGCACGCCCCUGGGGGACCAGGUCGAAUACGCUCACUACGACACUCACGUCCACAAUGAGGAGAUAUAUCAGGACCUUUGUUCCAUUGAUAAAAAGAGUACCUUACCAUCUCAGUUGCCCACAGCUAGCCACAGCUUAGAAAAGCGAGACUACGUAAUAAACGAGUUGGUCGAAACGGAGAAAAAUUACGUUGAUGUUUUGGCAACACUGCAGAGAUGCUUCAUGCGACCUCUAGGAAGUAUUCUUAAAGACGAGGAUAACAGGAUUAUAUUCAUGGGAAUAAAGGAAUUGUGUGAGAUCCACGCGGGGUUCCAUUCUCAGCUGCGCAAGGUGGUGGCUCCUGGCAGUUCAGCGCGACUAAGCGAGGUCUUCCUCAACUGGCGCGAGAAGUUCCUCAUCUACGGAGAUUAUUGUGCCAACUUGACAAAUGCUCAAACCCGAAUACAGGAUAUAUGCACACACAAUGAUAGUAUAAACCAAGAAGUUAUUAGGUGUCAACAAGAAGCAAAUAAUGGAAAGUUCAAAUUAAGAGAUAUUCUCUCAGUGCCAAUGCAACGAAUACUUAAGUACCACCUUUUAUUGGAGAAGCUUAUUCAAGAGACCCAGCCGAACCAUGAAGACUACCGAGGACUGGAGAGAGCAAAGGAGGCUAUGGUGGAUGUUGCUCAGUAUAUCAACGAAGUCAAGCGAGACAGUGACACGUUGCAGAUCAUGAAGGACAUUCAGGCUAGCAUAUCGGAUUGGAACAUGCCUAAUAACACUGAGCUCAAGGAUUAUGGGCGCUUGCUUAAAGACGGCGAACUACGAAUCAGAGCUCAUAAUGAUCAGAAAGUCAAAGUCAGAUAUGUGUUUAUCUUCGAUCAAGUGAUGCUGAUGUGUAAAGCUCAACGGGGAGACCAGUACAGCUACAAGGAGUCUUUGCUGCUCUGUGAGUACAAAGUAGAGGAUGUGAGCAACAGGCGUACUUUGCAACGGGAUUCUCGCUGGAACUAUCAGUGGUACCUGGUGCGAAAGAGUGAGCGCACAGCCUACACUAUGUACGCUCGCACAGAGGAUCUUAAGCGCAAGUGGAUCAAAGCCAUUCAGGACGCUCUGGACAACAUUGAGCCUGCUGGAUGUCGGAACACAGAUCACAAGUUUGUAAUGUAUACUUUUGAAAAACCCUCCACGUGUAGUCAUUGUAGCAAAUUUCUCAAAGGAAGAAUAUUUCAGGGCUAUCGGUGUGACCGCUGUUUUAUUGGUGUGCACAAGGCGUGUAUCCCUUACUCUGGUCGGUGUGGAGCCAAACAACCACCAGAACUACCACCCCGGCCACCCCUUGUCACCACCCCCACCGAUGUUCCUAGUCAGCCUGUUCAACCUGUACCUCCAAUGCCAGCGGACUGGGGACGAACGUGGACCGACCACCAGGUGCUGGCGGAGUACCUUUGGUUUGUGGGUGAGAUGGGACGCGACAGGGCCACCAACCUGCUGGAAAGACAGAUGGACGGAACCUACCUGCUGCGGAUCCGACCCCAGGGCCCCACCCAUCCCAAUGAAACAAUAUAUGCUCUUAGUUUAAAGACAGAUGAUAAAGUAAAGCACAUGAAGGUGUACGAGAGAGAGAUGGAGGGAACUCAGCAUUUCUAUCUCUCCGAGUCCAGAUUCUUCCGCAGUCUGGUUGAGUUGAUAUCGUGUUACGAGCACACCAGCCUCGGAGAGAACUUUAUUGGAUUAAACGUUCGAUUGAAGUGGCCAUUUCGUCGGAUAGUGGCGGUUGCAGAGUUUGAUUUUAACCCAGUCGAGUCCAACCAGCUGCCGUUGAAACAGGGCUGUCAAGUGAUUGUGCUGAGCAAGGAGGGAGAUCACAAGGGCUGGUGGAAGGGGAAAAUACAAGAUAGGGUUGGAUUUUUUCCAAAGGUUUAUGUUCGUGAAGUUUCCGACACUUUCAACAUGGACCUAGGCUAAGCCUACUUAGAACUCUUUCAUUGUAUUGCUUACCAGUUUACGUAUAGUCUGUGAUAAAUAGCCAAGUUAUUAUAUUUUUUUUAAAAGUACAACGCAAUUUUUUUAGUGCAUUGUUGUAUGAAUGUGACUGAAAUGUUCUACAAUGUAAUAUUAGUUUUUUAGAAGACUUAUUUUAGAAAUGUUUAUUGAUAAAAAGGUGUUAUCAAUGUUCAAAUUUUACUUUAAAUAAUGUUAUGCUUGUUAUUGUAUUGCUAUAUAAUGAUGUUUGUAUGCAUAAUAUAAUGCUCAGAGAUGUAUAUUUAAACUAUAAGCUUAUACCUGUAAUGUUUAAGACAACAAAAGCCUAAUUUUAAUGUA